GGGGGGUUAGUGGUCAGACGUGCAUCCCUUCUGGAUGUUCUUUUUUCUUUUUUCUUCGUUUGCACAUUGGACUUCCUGUAUAUUUUCAUCUUUAUCACCAACGCGUCUGGAUUUGGUUUAGCAGAUGAAAUAUUGGCCUUAUUGUGCCUGUUAUUUUUAACUGUAGAAUGUCAUCUUUGCCAGGAACAGUACCACGAAUGAUGCGACCGGCGCCUGGACAGAACUAUCCCCGCACAGGAUUCCCCCUGGAAGGCCUAUCCGUGAUGGCGUUCAACAAUUGCAUGGUGUCAACUCCCCUGGGUCAAGGUCGAGUGAAUCAACUCGGCGGAGUUUUCAUCAAUGGACGGCCACUGCCAAAUCAUAUCCGUCACAAAAUAGUGGAGAUGGCCCACCACGGCAUUCGACCAUGUGUGAUCUCUCGACAACUCCGAGUCUCUCACGGCUGCGUUUCCAAAAUUCUUUGUCGGUAUCAAGAAACAGGUUCAAUCCGACCCGGAGCAAUUGGUGGAAGCAAACCUAGACAGGUAGCAACGCCUGAUGUGGAGAAACGCAUUGAGGAAUACAAGCGAGAAAACCCCGGCAUGUUUAGCUGGGAGAUCCGAGACAAGCUGUUGAAAGACGGGGUGUGUGACAGAAGUACAGUUCCUUCAGGUGAGGCCUCAUCUGUGAGUUCAAUAAGUCGUGUUCUCAGAGCUCGAUUUGGGAAGAAAGACGACGAAGACGAUUGCGAUAAAAAGGAUGAAGAUGGAGAAAAGAAAACCAAACACAGCAUCGAUGGCAUUCUUGGUGAUAAAGGUAGUCGUAUGGAUGAAGGGUCAGAUGUGGAGUCAGAGCCAGAUCUGCCCCUGAAGAGGAAGCAGCGGCGCAGUCGCACCACCUUCACGGCCGAGCAGCUGGAGGAGCUGGAGAAGGCCUUUGAGAGGACGCACUACCCCGACAUCUACACACGGGAGGAGCUGGCCCAGAGGACCAAGCUCACUGAAGCCAGAGUACAGGUGUGGUUUAGCAACCGACGGGCCAGGUGGCGUAAGCAAGCGGGAGCCAAUCAGCUGGCAGCAUUUAACCACCUGUUACCUGGGGGAUUCCCUCCCACAGGGAUGCCCACGCUACCAACAUACCAGCUCCCAGAGUCUGGAUACACGACAACCACACUAUCCCAGGAUGGUAGUGGUACAGUCCACCGUCCUCAGCCCCUACCACCUUCCACCAUGCACCAGGGUGGGCUCUCCUCCGCCGAUAGCAGCUCUGCCUACGGCCUCUCGUCUAAUCGCCAUGGCUUCUCCAGCUACUCCGACACAUUCAUGAGCUCUGCAGCCCCCAGCAACCACAUGAACCCUGUUAGCAACGGACUCUCGCCACAGGUGAUGAGCAUUCUGAGUAACCCCAGUGGCGUGCCCUCACAAUCUCAGCAUGACUUCUCCAUCUCGCCACUCCACGGUGGCCUGGACUCCUCCAACUCCAUCUCGGCCAGCUGCAGCCAGCGUUCCAAUGACCCCUCCAUAAAGACAGUAGACAGUAUGUCCUCCUCACAGUCCUACUGCCCGCCCACCUACAGCACCAGUAGCUACAGUGUGGACCCUGCUGUCGCCGCUGGAUACCAGUACAGCCAGUACGGACAAACAGCAGUGGACUAUCUGGCCAAGAACGUAAGCUUGUCUACUCAGCGGAGGAUGAAGCUUGGGGACCACUCAGCUGUCCUGGGAUUGCUACAGGUGGAGACUGGUCAAGCCUACUAGUCCAUCCACCCUCCAGCCUGUAUCAUGUCCAUGCUACAGCCCCCAUGACGUGUUCGCCAGCACUAUCCGUCCGCCCACCCUUAUCACCCUGACAGCCAGCAGGACACAGCAGCAGCACGUGUACAGAUGUGCCUCUGAGAAAGAGAGGGGGCGAUGAGACAGAAGACAAAAGCACCUCUUAUAGGAGAGCGAUGAAUUUGACGCAGCCAUUCCAAACCAUGAUGGGGCGAAGCAGGCACCCUGUGCCUAGUGUCAGUGUUCUCCAACCUCUACCCUACUUCCUGACAGACUCUGACGAGCUUUGUAGGGGUCACAGAAAACAAACCUUUGUCUCAGCCCAUGUUGAAAAGCUUGCCUGUCCACACCAAACGUCGGUGUGUGUUACACAGGCAGUGUGUAGCCAUAUUUCAUUCCCAUAUUUUUGGACCCUAAUUUUCUACAGUACUUCGGAAUCAGUACUGCUAUUAUUGUUCUAUUUGUCAUAACUGUGGCUGUUGCUUAUUGCUGUUCUGCUUAUGAUUCUUGUUGAUAAGUUGUUUACUUUCCUUUAUUUUGGUAGGAUAUAAUUGGAUCAUUCAAAGACGAUGACAGAGAGAGAGAGAGAGAGAGAGAGAGAGAGAGAGAGAGAGAGAGAGAGAGAGAGAGACAGAGAGAGAGAGAGGGGGGGGGUGUUUCUUUAAGUAGUUUGCUGCUGUGUCUUCUCAUGUCAAGGGUUUGACCUUCCCUCUGUAAUCUCAAGCCUGACUUCCAAAAAGGAAAUUUGGCUACUCUGUGGGACCCUUGUUACUAGGAAAUCAUCUGGGAAUGAACAACCAAUGGAAGACUCCCAAUUACAGCCAAUCCGCUUCUUUCCAUUUCCCCCAGGCAUUGUGCACACAGUACACAUUGUUUAGAGGGGACAUAAAAGAUGUUCAAGGACAUCAGUGGGUUAUGCUGAGAGAAGGUCAAGCAUUAUUUCUCUUUCAGCUUUGAAUUAGCAUUUGUGAUUAAUUGAUGAUUGGGCAGAAGGCAAUCAAUUAUGAUUGAUACAUUUGCAUUCCUACUUUAAAAUGAAAGGCAUUGCAUUCCAAAUGCUCAAAUGUACUUUACUUGAACCAUUCUAGAACACAAGCACUAUGAAAACUACACUUAAGUAAUUCCCCUUGGUAAAUGUAUGUGUGUUUGUUAGCUCAUUAAACCUUGGAUGACUUUGCAUUCCAUGCUGCAAUUGUAAUUCAAAAUCAUUCCAAUAUCUGUUAAACUGAACUUGUAUUGAAUAUUUUAUUAUUUCAGUGAAAUCCAUUUUCUCUUGACCAUUCAUCAUAACUAACAAAAAAAACUGAAAAUGUAAGUGACUCAAAUUUACCUCUGGUAUAAUACACAAUACAAUAUUACAACUUUGACCUAAAUGUAUUAAACACUUAUGGAUGACAAAAGUUAAUUAAAUGAAUGUUUGACGUUUUGCAUUGAUAUGAUACCUACAGUUAUAACUGUGUUGGUUGUUUAUGAAAAAUAUGUUUUAUACUAAAACAUGUUGUUGAUUUAUAAUAAUGAUGGUAAUGAUGAGAAGAUGAUGAUGGUCGAUAAAAUCUGGCAUCGAUUUUCACAACGUAUUUUUGUUGUACCUUUCUAAAUUAAUUUACUUAAUUUGCUCUUCUUAUUAUGUUAUAUUAAUGCCAACUGUAUUUCCUUUUUAUUCUUAGAAAUUAUACAUUUAAAUGAAAAUAUAAAUAGAAGCCACCAAUCUCACUGCAAGCUUGAAAAUAAGGAUUAUUUGAAUCAACAGAUGAACUCCAUUCCCUGUGAGAACAGUCACAUAAUAGGACAAUUAGGGACAGUGAUUUAACACUAGAGUCAUUGCCUGAUGUUGAUUGAACUCAAACUACAAGACAUUAUUCUUUGUCGUUUUGUGGCAAAGAAAAGGUCUUAAAGGGAAAUCAAGGAGGCAAAUGGAUUUGACACCAGCUUACAUUACAGUUGGCCAAACAUAAGCAAAGUACUCUGGGCCUUGAACUUGAUGGGCUGUGUGAAUCUCUCUGACUCAGAAACACAGUCCUGACUCUCCAGGAACACAACCUCAUCUGCAGUGAAAUCCUCAUCUGCAGGACAUCUACACCAACUGGACUGUUGAUCUGCUGAUCAACACUUUCUGUUGUUCUACUUUGUGUAUAUUUUCUAAGAUAGAAACCAGGCAGAGGAAAUUAAGAAAUUGCAAAAAUGUCCCUUAUGUAUGUCACUUACUUCUAUCCCAAACAUGUGUCCUCCACUGGGGGUAUUUUAAAGCUCUCUGAUUGGCUAAUUCAUGAAUGACCUACUCCCUAAUCGUAAUAUUUGUUUUUCUACUUUGGUUUUGUUUAUUUUUUUCUGUUCAGCAUGUGUGUAUAUUACCAUGGCAUAAUUUAUUCUACCUGUAUGAAGUAUUAGAGUAGUGAACUUGUAUUGGCAUUUACUACCCUCAGCCUGUUGGUGUGUUUCCUGUAACACUGGCGUAAUUGUUAUCAAUUAAAGCUCUAAAA